AUGAGCAGGAAGGAAGCGUAUCGAGCAGUAAUGCUUAUUCUUGCAGAUUCUGGGAUAUGUCCAGUACAGAAGAAUAAGCACAAUGUGACGAGCGAAGCUCCGGAUGAAGAAGCUGAACUACUCGUACGAUAUUACUUCGACCCGGUUACUGAGCAGUGCUAUCCGUUCGGCGCUCAACUUUGCGGUGGUAAUGCGAAUCGUUUUGACAGUCUUGCCCAGUGUCAAAGUUUUUGCAGAAAGCGCAAAUAG